AUGUUCAUCGCGAAUGCGUCGCGCACAUGUGGUUUCCAGGUUGGCGCGGCAGCCCUCCCCCCACCUGGAUCUCACCGCGGCGUUGCUCGACAGAGCGAUAGGUGUGUGGCCGGGCGAUGGGGACGCGGCGGAACAGAUGGGGGCGGGACGGUGGGAGUGUUGUUCCGCCUCUGCCUGGCCCUGGCGGACGUGACGCGCCUUCUGCUGGACGACGAUGCGGUUGACGCGGGCGAUGCGCAUGAGGGGAAGGCGGGUGACAUGGGGGGUGGGAAGAGCGCAGGCGGAGCAGUUGAGGGCGCGGAGGGGAGGAAGGAAGGCGGGCAGUGGCAUGCGGAGGAAGGCGGGCAGUGGCAUGCGGAGGAAGGCGGGCAGUGGCAUGCGGAGGAAGGCGGGCAGUGGCAUGCGGAGGAAGGCGGGCAGUGGCAUGCGGAGGAAGGCGAGGCACGAGAGGGAGGAGGCGCGAGCAGCAAGGAAGGCGAAGACGGAAAGCGGGGCGAGCAGGCGCCAUGGGUGGGUGGGGGCACGGCGUGGCAGGCAGCAGCCAUUCGCACUGCCAGCGUGGCAGGUGGGAAUGAUGGUGAUGCUCUCGGUCCAGCUAGUGGCGAUACAGCCAGCAACGCUUGUGCCGAUUCAUUCAGUCCCUCUACUGCCCCCACUACCGCUGCUGCCCCUACUGCCGCGGAUCCAGACUCUGCUGUGGGUGCCACGAGUGGCACUGCUCUCGCUAUCGCUGCUGAUGCUGAUGCUGCCCACGGGAGCAACCAAGCCACUGUGGCAGCAAUGGAGCGCCCUGCUGCAGCAGUGGAGGCCAUGGCAGCAGGAGGGGCGGCGGACGACUGGCUGCAUGUGUUGCACGACGACGCCCACUGGGACCUGCUCCCCGCCUUCUCCCUGACGCCCCUCGCCCUCCCUCCCCUGCACCUGCCCGCCUGCCCUACCAUGCACGCCCCUCCACCGCACCCCUCUGCUCACAACAUCAUGGUGGCAGGGCAGCGUGGGAGGGCCGGCGAGGGCGCCGUGGGAGCGGCGGACCUGUCUCAGAUCGGGUCGUCCGGCGACCUGCUCGCCGCCACCACUGCCGCUGCCCCCGUUCUGCCCGCCAGCCCCGCCCGCGGCGGCACAGUGUGCUGCAGCCCCGAGGGCGGUGCGUGCGGGUCGGGCGUGUGGCACGCGUUGGGGGCGCGCCUGGGCUCUGGGCUGCCCAGCGAUGGCAGUGGCAGUGCUGGCGCCGGGGGCAUGGGCGGUGGCACGGGGGGGAGGAGUGCUGCUGCAGGUGGCAGUGGCAGUGGCAGUGGCAGUGGCAGUGGGAGAGGUGGUUGCGAUGCGGAUGGGGUGGCGCAUGGCAGUGUGGCAGUGGAGGCGAUGAGCGAAUGGGAGAGGGCAGGUGCAGCACGAGGUGGAGCAGGUGGGCGAGACGAGAUGGGGGAGGGUGUGGCGGGCAGGGAGCAGGUGGUGGGCGAGAGUGAGGUGGAGGGGCCCUUGGCUGCGGCCCUCGUGACGUGCGUCCACUGCUCCUCGCUGCUUCAGGUCGACAUGCCGGCCGCCAUCCCCACUGCAGCCAUCUGCACUCUCUUCUGCGGCCACUGCUCCGCCCUCCUCGCGCUGCCCUCCACCGCACUGCCCACCAUCACCAGCACGCCCACGCGCUGCUCUCGCUCCUCUCGCCCGCUCAUACCGCCUCACAGCGCCGGGGUGCACGUGGCAGCUGCCGCUGCUGGUGGGGGGGCGAGCGGCCACAGAGGUGCGCUUAGCAGUGACGCGCCGCCAGGGGCGCUCGCCCCUCUGGCUGCUGGCCGCGCUGUGCACGCGUGUGCGGAGGCGCUGGCAGAGCCCGUGGACUGCCUUGACCGCACGUGGCGCGACGGCAGCCCCGCAGCAGGCGACAGCGCCGGGCUGGCAGGCACACCGCGCCGCGUGCUGCCUGCUGUGCUCCUCGGGGCUUUAGCAUCGGUGGGGUGUGGCAUGCGGUGCCAGCUGGCUGUUGCUGAGGAGAUGGGGCAGCAGGAGGGCAUGGGCCAUGAGCCACUCCCCCCGCGCAUGCACCUGCCUGCUGCGCCGCGCUGUGCAGCCAGGCUGCACCCCUCCCUGCCGCUCACGGCGGCCCACCUCACUCUCGCUGCCGACUCGCCAGAGGCGGCUCCAACCAGCGAUGGAGGGGUGGGCGGGGCAGGGAGUGCGGCGGAUAGCAAGAGGACGCAGCGGGCGCUGAGGAAGCGCAAGCGAGCUGCCACUCCCAUUGGUACGCCCAGCCCACCCGCCACUCUUGCUCGUGCCUCUUUCUCCUGCACGUUCCAGCAGCUCGUGUUCACUCUCCCCCGCUGCAUGCCUCGGCACGUGUACCCAUUCAUCGGCACGUGUACCCAUUCAUCGGCACGUGUACCCAUUCAUCGGCACGUGUACCCAUUCAUCGGCACGUGUACCCAUUCAUCGGCACGUGUACCCAUUCAUCGGCACGUGUACCCAUUCAUCGGCACGUGUACCAUUCAUCGCAUGGCAUGUGCAGGGUCAAAAGCAGUGGCAAGGGAGGGGUCAGAGGAGGUGGGUGAUGGCAGCGGGGAGGAGGAGAGCUGCAGGGGGGGAGAGCAGAGGGGUGGCAGGGCAAGCAGCAAGGCCGCAGGGAGGGAGGGAGUAGCCCCUGUGAAGAGGCAUCGCAAGGCGUCCACCUACAACCUCUUCAUCCGGUGGGUGCUCUGCUGCUCUUCUGUUCCAUCCACAACUCUCCACCUCUCCCUCCUCUGCAUUCUCUCCACGUGCCUGAAACCUCUUCUGCUCCUUCCUGUCUCUGCCUGUCCCUCCCGUGCCUCUCUGGCCGCCUAUCCUCUGGCCCGCCUUGCCUUGCGCAGGGAUGAGAUGAUGCGGCUGCGCGCGGCCAACCCGCACAUGGACCACCGCGAGGCCUUCAAGGAGGCCGCCAGGCGGUGGGGCAGUGCAGCAGAGAACGUGCGCGGCUCACAUGCGCUGGCAGCAGCAGCCAGGGCCAGGGCGCUGCUGCUCUACCCCAUGCACGCGCCCCCCAUGCACGCGCCCCCCAUGCACGCGCCCCACACACCCCACAUGCCAUCCGCUGCUGCUGCCGCCACUGCGGCUCCUCUGCCUGGCGCCACUGCGGCUCCUCUGCCUGGCGCCACUGCGGCUCCUCUGCCUGGCGCACGGGUGGGAGCAGCGGUGGUGGGUGGGGGGAUGGGGCAGCAGUGUGUGCGGGAGGGGGGGCAGGGAGGCUGUGAGGGGGGCGAGGCGCAUGCUGGAAGUGCUGGUGCUGGCAGGGAAGGGCGGUGGGUGGUGCGGGCAGAGGAAGGGGCGGGCGGGGCAGGGGUAGGUGAGUUGGCAGCAGCAGCAGAGAGGGUGGUGGCGGGGUGGUGGGGCCCUGGCUGUGGCGUGGACAGGGGGACAGGCAGUGAUGGGUGGGAGGGGGGCCGGUGUGUUGAUGGAUUGGGGAGUGUGCCCCUGGAGAUGGGGAGGGGGAGGGGGAGGCAUGGAGGCUGUUUGAGCGAUGUGGUGGGAGAGAGACACAUGCAGAUGCAGGCAGGCGAGUUGAACAUGGAGCCGAGGGAGGAGCAGGCUGGGGGUAUGGCGCACGGGCUGGCAGGCGAGGCAGCAGCAGCAGGUCCCCUGCAGCAGCACGUGUGGGAGGUGGAGCGCAGUGAGCAGCAGCAGGCGCCACAGGGGCUGCACAGCGAUGCGUACCGCCGGCUGGCUGCAGGCAUCAGCAGCAAGCUCAUGUCAUCCGCACUUCCAACAAACACGUGA